UUCAGGGUCUGCUUUCUGAAAUAGAAAUCGGCCCAGUAGCGCGUGCCGAGAGAACCCAGCCCCGGGCCACGAGCCGACGACCGCCGCCGCCUUGCUGCGCCAGGGCUUCGUCGGGCAUUUUUUCCGGUGCCAGCGACGAGGACCCACCGCACCAGCAGAUGGGCCGACCUCCAGGUUGCCCAGUCUCUUGAAUGUGGGUGAUGGAUGUAGCUUAGUUAUCCUUGUGCAGCAUGUUUCUGCAAACAUAGAAGCUGGAUGAUUAUGAGUUAUGAAGUCGCUUCUUUUCUGAAGCAGCAUGAAAGUAAAAAAAGAGGAUUCUGAUUACUCUUCAUUAGGUUAUAAAUGACAGAGAGGCAUCGUGCAUCUCGGCAAUAUCAUGACGACCCUCGGGGGUAUCGUGAAGCUCCACCUCCUCCACUUGCACGAACAAGGCUUCUCUCUCCGCGACGCUUGGAAGCUCCACCUCCUCCACUUGCACGAACGAGGCUUCUCUCUCCGCGACACUUGGACGAGGAAUUGUCUAGUCGCCGUGCCGAGAUGCGCAGAAUCCGUGGAGACAAUCAGCGUCUGGCAGAUGAAAUUGUCAGUCUCAGGCAAACCAUGCCUCGUUUGAAAGAAGACCUCCAAGUCUCAAGUCAAGCUGUACCAAAGCUCCGGGCAGAGAAAGAGCUUGAAUCGAGGGAGCUGACUCAGAGGAAUCUGAAGCUGGAAGCUGAGCUACGUGCCUUAGAACCCCUUAGGCAAGAUGCUUUGCAUCUGCGAUCUGAAGCAAGUAAACUACAAUCUUUGAAGCAAGAGUUGGCUGCAAAGGUUCAAGGUCUAUCAAAAGAGCUUGAACAUCAGAAAUCUGAAAGCCAGAAAAUGACUGCUAUGGUAGCUGAACGUGAUGCUCUGUGUCAAGAAUUGUUGCAGGCCAGGGCUAAUCUUGAGUUUGAGAAGAAGGCAAAACCAGAGCUUACUGCACAGGUUCAGGCAAUGGAGAAGGAUCUUGUAGCUAUGGCUCAAGAGGCUGAGAAGCUAAGGGCUGAUAUUUCGAAGAGAAACACACCUAGUUUCAGCGGCCGUGGAGCUUAUGGAACUUCUUUGUCGACGCCUGGGAUGGGUUUGCAAGGCAUGUAUGAUGGCGGCUAUGCUACGGCCGGGAGCCGCUAUGGCAGUGGCGCUGGGGCUUGGAGCUCGCAUGAUCCCCAUGGUUACCCGCAUCUGUAAUUGUGCUUCUGACCCGUAUUCACUCCUGAACAGCUCCUAGAGUACUUUGGCAAUUUUCUGUAGUAGUAUAUAACUUGUGCUUUUUGGUGCACCACAUUGCUACCCUUUCUGGUCAAUGAAAUGCAGUGUAUUGUGAAAGCAUCUAAACCCUUAA